UCCUGGCUCUUCGUUGCACUUGGGUAUCAUCUUCCAAGUUCUCAGUCAGUGGCAAUAUCCGUGAGAAUGAAUUUGUCUUUAUUUUUGACAAUAUUCAUCUUUUCUAUUGUUUGCCUUCUCGUCUUCCACUAUAUCUUUAUUCUGGUCGAGUACAUUUUUUCAUGUCACAAUCGAAAGUGGCCAGACAUAUGGACCAUUCUCAAAUUUUCUGCUGUUGUCAGUAUAGCCUGCUGUGUAUUUCUGAGUCAUUGUAGAGAGAGGCCGCUUGAACCAAGAAAUUUGAAAGACAAAGUGUGUUCUUCUUGGCUUGCUCCGGUUAAGUUUGAGGGAUACUAUUAUACACUUUUUUGCAUGCGGUUAGCUAGCACUAGCAGUGAGUCAUCAACUGCGAGUUCAUCAGACGAAAUCUCUCUCAUCUACUCGUGUUGGGUCACAUUUAUAGGCCUGUACAUUGCCAAUUAUGUAGCAGAGAGGUCACCAGAGUCAGGAGAAAAAUACAAGAAGAAUAAGCAAACGAAGCCUGAUUUUCUAGAUAUGGUUCCCUGGUAUUCAGGUACAUCAGCUGAUCUAUACAAGACUGUUUUUGACCUCGUUGUAUCAGCAAAUAUCUUCCUAAGUCGCUUUGACCUGCGUAUAUUUCAGACAGCAAUGAAGAAAAAUCAACUUGUGCCAAAAAAGGAGACUCAAAGGGACUAUUUACAUGAUGAUUUUAGUGCAAAAAAAGAACUAUGGUUCGACUUCAUGGCAGAUACCGGUGAUGGUGGGAACUCAACUUAUACUGUGGCACGGCUACUUGCUCAACAAGAAAUUAAAAUUGAUUCAUCCCAGAAAGAAAAAUGGAAAAUAGGUUCAGAUACCUUAAAACGCGGAGAGUUACUCCUCAUUGGGGGAGAUCUUGCGUAUCCUAAUCCAUCUGAGUUUACAUAUGAAAGGCGCAUGUUUCGUCCUUUCGAGUAUGCACUUCAACCACCACCCAGUCAUGAAAAAGAAAGUAUGACUGUCAACAAGCAUGCAAUGCCUCCUGGGGUGUCAGAGAUGCAACAAGGGAAGAAAAACAAAAGGAAGUACCAAAAGCAAUCGAUGCCAUAUAAUGGGCCUCGAUGUUUUGUUAUCCCCGGAAACCAUGAUUGGUUUGAUGGACUUCAUACCUUUACAAGAUAUAUAUGUCAUAGGAGCUGGUUGGGAGGGUGGUUCAUGCCUCAGAAGACAAGUUAUUUCACCUUGCAACUUCCUAUGGGAUGGUGGAUAUUCGGUCUUGAUCUUGCACUCCAUAGUGAUAUUGAUGUCUACCAAUUUGAAUUCUUCUCCAAACUAGCUAAGGAAAAGGUUGGAGAGAAAAACUCUGUGAUCAUCAUGACACACCAACCGGAUUGGCUUGUUGAUUGGUAUGAGAAUGGUGAUUCUAAAAAUAAUGGCUCAGACUACCAAUCAAAAGGAAAAUAUGUCUCAUGCCUUAUCUAUGACAUUUUAAAAGAAAGGUGUAAAAUUCGAAUUGCUGGUGACAUACAUCACUAUAUGCGCCACUCAAUUGAUAGAUCAAAAGGGGCAAAUUCAGUUUAUCCCCAACAUCUGCUAGUAAAUGGUUGUGGUGGAGCAUUUACACAUCCCACCCAUGUGUUUCGUGAUUUUUACGAAUCUCGUGGAGUUUUCUAUAAGUGCAAAGCCGCUUAUCCUUCUCAUAAGAUGUCAAGAAGGCUUGGAAGAAGAAAUAGCUGGAAUUUCCGAAAGGAAAAUUGGCGAUUUGAUAUUGUUGGUGGCAUCAUAUACUUUAUGUUGGUCUAUUCUCUGUUCCCACAGUGUGAGCUCGACCACAUUUUUCAAGUAGAUUCAAUUUCCGGUUUCCCGAGGGCUUUCUUUGGCACUGUUUGGAAUGCUUUUAUGUACGUGGUGGACUUCUCUUAUGUGUCUCUAAUAGCUACUUUGCUAUUUCUAAUUGUGGCGGUUGCAUUUGCACCUUCCAAACUGUCAUUGAAGAAAAGGAUAAUGAUUGGAAUUCUUCAUGUUUUUGCACAUCUGGCCGUAGCUCUAAUUCUUAUGUUGGUGUUGGAAGUGGGUAUUGAGACGUUUGUCAGGCUUAAUCUAGUAGCAACUUCAGACUAUCAUUCUUUAUAUCGGUGGCACCAAUCUAUGUUCCAUAAGCACCUUCCAGUUCCGAUUGGCAUUCAAAAUGGACUAAAACGGUGGACUUUUGGGCUUUAUCCAGCAUGUAUCAAGUAUCUCAUGUCUGCAUUUGAUGUACCAGAGCUCAUGGCGGUGACACGGAGCAAUAUUUGCAAGAAUGGGAUGGAAUCUCUCCCUCGCAGGGGUGCCGCCAUUUAUUAUGCUUCCACCUUCCUUUAUUUUUGGGUAUUGUCAACCCCUGCAGUUGCCUUUGUAUUUGGAAACUACAUGUACUUCUGCGUCAACUGGUUCAACUUACACUAUGACGAAGCCUUCUCCUCACUUAGGAUUGCUGAUUACAAGGCAUUCACACGAUUUCACAUCAACCGUAAGGGUGAUCUUGAAGUUUAUACCCUUGCAGUUGAUAAGGUACCAAAGGAAUGGAAGCAGGAUCCGGAAUGGAAGCAGGAUUCGAAUGAGUUGAGCCACCUUAGAAAGAAUCCCAGCCAAUGGAAGGCUGUUGCAUCGGAUCAGGAACCGUUAAAGACUGUCAGGAUUAUUGACAAAUUUGUUAUUCCACGAAAAGAUGGUCCAGAUGAUACCAGUGGAAGUGCAACAGAGUAAUAAAUCCGAUUUCCUGGUCACAUACUAGCUGACUAGGGAUAGCGGCAAAUAAUGAAAUAAAGAAAACAGGGGACCUUUUUCUUUUUUUCUUUUUUCUUUUUUGUACAACUGGUUUUGUAAGGCAAUGCUACGCGUUUGGAUAAAUAAGUCAAGCUAUUUAUGGACAACCUAAGGACUUGUUUACAUUUAUUUAU